CCCAAAAAAAAAAACUAAACAUAAACUUAAAAAACAAAAAAAAAAAUAGAAAUCCUUCUAAUAUUGUUUACCCAUCUGAUAAGAAAAUGGCUAGGUUUCAUAUAGCGAUACGUCUGAUGUUGAUACUAGUAGCAUCAAGUACCAUAUACGAAGCGCAAGGGACGUUCUUAUUAAGGCAUUACAUGAGGAAGUUUCCUAAAAUGUCCCAAGAUUUUGAGCCUUUCGCUUACAAGGGUAUGCUUAGUUUUGUGGACAACCUUGAGAGUAUGUGUCCAUUAAAAGGAGAGUACAAGGACUUCUUCUCAAAGCUGAAGGCUUUCAUAUCCUUUAUAAACACCGCAAAAGGGUCGUCUUCGGAGUUCCAGUCUCAAAUGAAAUCACAAUCUGAGGGUCUCUUCAAGGCAAUCUCUGCUUUAGGUGUCAAAGGAGGAUCAUCGGCGGAUACGAGCAAAUUGAUCGAGAGUUUGAUGUCAAUGGGAAAAACUUUUGCUGAAUUUAAGAGGAGCGGUGCAACAACGAUGACCAGUGAGCAAAGAAGAGAGCUGGUCAUAUCUAUGUCAAAAUGGGCACAAGUGAUUGGUCAAUUUGUGAAAACCGUUGGCGAGAAGAGUGGUGAUGGCGGAAAUAUUGAUCUUUCAUCUAUUCUUGGCAUUGGAGGCUCUGGUGGUGACAAUGGAAGUCCAAGCUCUGAUACCAGUUUCCCCUCGACCGACGCUGGGACUCCUACCAACAGUGGAAGCUAUCCUGACAGCACCGGUGACAGUGGAACCUCAGCUGGUGGACCGAGUGGAAGUACAACUGAUUCAGGAGAUGGAAGUAUGGGUGAUACGGGUAGUGGAAGCACUGCUGGUGGCCCAAGUGGAAGUACAACUGAUAGUUUAAUGGGUGCCGGAGGUGGAGCUGCUGCCGAUGGCGAAAACGGUCGAACUGCUGCCGGUGGCGAAAACGGUGGAGCUGCUGCUGGUGACGAAAGCGGUGGAGCUGCUGCCGAUGGCGAAAGCCGUGAAGCUGCUGCGGGUGUCGAAAGCGGUGGAGCUGCUGCGGGUGGCGAAAACGGUGGAGCUGCUGCCGAUGGCGAAAGCGGUGGAGCUGCUGCCGAUGGCGAAAGCGGUGAAGCUGCUGCCAAUGGCGAAAGCGGUGGAGCUGCUGCCGAUGGCGAAAGCGGUGAAGCUGCUGCUGGUGGAUCAACUCAACGUACUGAAAGUGGUGGAGCAAAUUCAAUGGGUGGCGCAACUCAACGUACUGAAAGUGGUGGAAGCGCUGCUGUCGGUGGUGAGAGUGAAACUGAAAGUUCAAUGAUUGGUGGAGGUGCCUACAUAGAUUCUACAGGUGGAAGUCCUGCCAGUAGCCCCUCUGCUGGUGGCCCGAGUGGAAGUACAACUAAAAACUCGAUGGAAGGUGUUGCGGGUGGCAGUGUAACUGUUACAAGUUAUCAAGCUGCCAACUAUCAAAAGACACACUCAAAAUCGUCAGGCAAAAGCUCCUUUAGCCAUUCUUUAGAGGAGAAAAGCUCUGGAGGUACCAAUGCUGACUCGUAGAUUCAGACCCGUAGAAGUCAAAAAUUUAUUAAUACUAUAUUAUUUCAAUAAAGAGAUGGCCCUGCUUAGUACAGCGAGCUGUAGAAUGUUUUGUCGUAAGUCUAUUAAUUACAGACACUCAAUACUAGAGAAAUUACAAACAUGCGUAUACUGCAUGGAUAUCAAAUUAACUCUCUUUUUUUUUUUUUAAUAUUUUUGUUGUAAAAAAUAUUGAUACAAGAAAUUUUGGUUAUCGACAUGAUACAUUGAGUAAAAAUUUUGUAAAACCU